AUGCAUCUGCGUGGCACUUUAGAUAACCUUUAUAAGGCAAAAGUUAAUUGUACCUAUGGAGUAGCCUUGGCCUGCUCGCUGGUCGAAUCUCCACCUAAUUGGUGCGCACAGGUGCGCCUCGCCGCCUUCGCACAGACCACGCCUCUCAUAUCGACCUGCGCAGGUAAGCUGCGCGCUGAUUGGUCGCGGCAAGGUACGCCAGGUGUACCUGCCGAUACAGGUGUAUUCCCCGUAAUUCUUCAACGCGAAGCAGUUGUGUGGCUGUCGGUGGUGCAUGUGCAGUGUUUCUGUGAAGUUUGGUUGUGA